CGAGCCAUCCAAACAACCCCAAAGUUUUAGUCCAUUUGUUUCUCUGCAACUUCAAAGCCCAAAACCCUUAUGCCUCACUCCCGCCUAGUCUUGCUCUCUGCUUCAUUUGCAGCUGAGUGAAGACGGAGCUCCGGGUGAUCAUAACUCAAUUAAAAGUGGCUUUGGACAUACUUUGGAGGACUGCGGGCUCCUUAGUUGAAGUUAUUCUAAGUCAAGUAUGGAAGUCGAUGUAGGGAUAAUAAAACCCAUUCCUGUUCCUCUGUCUCAGUCCAAAAGAAGAAAAAUUUCUAUGGGUAGUGCAGACACUGCUCUUUCAUGGCAGUUGUUGCCUGAAGUUGAAAAUUCUUUACCAACAGUACGAUCUUCUGAUUACUAUACAAAACCUUGCUUAAGCGAGUUGGCUAUUCGAGAGUUUAUGAAUCCUGGUUAUUGCAGCAGAGUCCAAGAUUUUGUUGUUGGAAGGGUUGGAUAUGGACAUGUAAAGUUUACUGGGGAGACAGACGUUAGAUGCUUGGAUUUGGAGAGUAUCGUCAAGUUCAAUAGAUGUGAAGUUGUCGUAUAUGAAGAUGACAGUUCCAAGCCCUUAGUUGGCCAGGGUCUUAACAAGCCAGCUGAAGUCACCUUACUACUUAAGGCAAAAUCCUUGAAUAAUUUGACUGAGGAUCACUUGAGAGAAAUUGUGGGUAAGUUGAAGUGCAAGACAGAGAGUCAAGGGGCAGAAUUUCUUUCAUUUGAUCCAAUUCAAGGUGAAUGGAAAUUUUUGGUGCAGCAUUUUAGCAGAUUUGGCCUGGGUGAAGAAGAUGAAGAGGAUAUUCCGAUGGAUGACGUGUCUGCGGAAGUUCAAGAGCCUGCAGGCAUGAAUUGUAGUGAGGCAUCAGAUGUUGAUGAAGAAACUGUUUCAGUGAAUGGGACUCUACUUUCACAUUCUCUUCCUGCUCAUCUUGGUCUUGAUCCUGUGAGGAUGAAAGAUUUGAGGAUGUUGUUGUUUUCUGCCAAGGAAGAUGAGGUAGAGGAUCUCAGCGGCAUGCUUUCACAUGACAGUCCACCUUUUGCCAAAGAAUCUUCUAAAUCUCCAUUACAUCAUUCCUCUAGAAAGACAGUUCGCAAGAUGAAUACCCCUCAUAUUCGCAAGACUCCAUUAGCUUUGAUAGAAUAUCAUCCUGGAAGUUUCAGCUCUAACUCCCCUGGAGCCAUUUUGAUGGCUCAACAAAAUAAAGGUUUGCAUCUAACAGCUCCAAAAUCUGAAGGGUUUCUGCUGGACCUUAAGGACAAAACACCACUAACUGGAAGUCAUUCACGUAAUAUAGUUGAUGCAGCAUUGUUCAUGGGUAGAUCUUUUCGAGUAGGAUGGGGCCCGAACGGUAUGCUUGUUCAUUCUGGAAUGCCUGUUGGUAGUGCUGAUUCUGGAAUUGUAUUAUCCUCUGUGAUCAAUGUUGAAAAGGUGGCGAUUGACAAAGUGACAAGAGAUGAAAGCAAUAAAGUUAGGGCGGAACUCACUGAUUUAUGUUUCAGCUCUCCCCUCAAUCUUCACAAGGAUUUAGAUCAUGAAACAAAAAAACUUGAACUGGGAACCUUUGGAUUGAAGCUUCAAAAGCUUGUCUGUAAUCGCCUGACUCUUCCUGAUAUUUGUCGGAGAUACAUAGACAUCAUUGAGAGGCAACUAGAGGUACCUACUUUGUCACCUGCUUCUCGUAUUUUGUUGAUGCACCAAGUACUGGUUUGGGAAUUAAUUAAGGUUCUCUUUUCCUCGAGGAAAAUGGGUGGGCAAGUGAAGCCUGUGGAAGAUGAGGAGGAGGAUAUGAUACCAGAUGGGAGGGAAAGUUGUCCAGAUGUUGACCAGGAAGCACUUCCACUUAUUAGGCGAGCAGAAUUCAGUUAUUGGCUGCAAGAGAGUGUUUACCAUCGUGUGCAAGAGGAAGUUAGUUCACUAGAUGAGUCAAGUGAUUUAGAACAUAUAUUGUUGCUUCUCACUGGUCGGCAGCUGGAUGCUGCUGUGGAACUAGCUGCUUCUAGAGGGGAUGUAAGACUAUCUUGUCUUUUGAGUGAGGCUGGUGGAUCCCCAGCAAAUCGUGCUGAUAUCGCUCAUCAGCUUGAUCUUUGGAGGAAAGAUGGACUGGAUUUUAGUUUUAUUGAGGAGGAUAGGGUCAGGCUUCUUGAAUUACUUGCUGGCAACAUUCAUAGAGCCUUACAGGGUGUAAAAAUUGACUGGAAGAGGUUCUUAGGACUGUUAAUGUGGUAUCAGCUUCCACCUGACAUUUCAUUGCCUGUUGUCUUUAACACCUAUCAGAAGCUUCUUAAUGAGGGAAAUGCUCCAUAUCCCGUUCCAGUUUACAUUGAUGAAGGGCCAAUAGAAGAUGCGAGCAAUUGGGUUGUUAACAAUCAUUUUGACCUUGCUUAUUAUCUUAUGCUUCUCCAUGCCAGACAAGAAAAUGACUUUGGAGCUUUGAAGACCAUGUUCAGUGCCUUUGCCUCAACAAAUGAUCCACUUGACUAUCACAUGAUAUGGCAUCAGCGUGCAGUUUUAGAGGCCAUUGGCACUUUCAGUUCUAAUGAUCUUCAUGUUUUGGACAUGGCAUUUGUUUCGCAGUUGCUCUGUCUUGGGCAAUGUCAUUGGGCCAUCUAUGUGGUGCUUCAUAUGCCACAUCGUGAAGAUUAUCCUUAUCUGCAAACUGCUGUUAUAAGGGAAAUCCUCUUCCAAUAUUGUGAAGUUUGGAGUACUCAGGAAUCACAAUGGGAGUUCAUUGAAAAUCUAGGCAUUCCUUCGGCAUGGUUGCAUGAAGCUUUGGCAAUAUAUUUCAGUUACAUUGGUGACCUCUCAAAAGCUUUGGAUCACUUUCUUGAAUGUGGAAACUGGCAGAGAGCCCACUCGAUAUUCAUGAUUUCAGUUGCUCAUUCUCUGUUUUUGUCAGGAAAACAUUCAGAGAUAUGGAGGCUUGCAACUUCAAUGGAGGACUAUAAGUCAGAAAUUGAAGAUUGGGACCUUGGUGCGGGAAUUUAUAUUUCAUUUUAUUUAUUAAGAAGUUCCAUGCAGGAAGACAGCAACACCAUGACUGAACUGGACACUCUUGAGAACAAAAAUGAUGCUUGUUCAGACUUUAUUGGUUGCCUAAACAAGUCUUUGGCAGUUUGGAGCAGCAAAUUAUCAGUUGAUGCAAGAGUCGUGUACUCAAAGAUGGCAGAAGAGAUCUGUAGUCUGCUUCUUUCCGACAGCGGUGAAGGUUCAACAGGCGAGGCUCAGCUAAACUGCUUUGACACUGUUUUCCGUGGGCCUAUGCCCGAGGACCUCCGGUCAUACCAUUUGCAGGAUGCUGUCUCACUUUUUACAUGUUAUCUUUCAGAGAUAGCACAGUAAUCCAUUUUCCCACACACGCCUUCUUCUGAUAGAGUUUUGUAAUUGCGGAAUGCUGUUAUAUGGAUCUGAACUGCGGCGUAUGUUUUUUUGGUGCUCACAUUCGAGUAUCUUGGAUAUUUCAUUGUUUUGCAGAAUUUUUCUUCUUGAUGGAUUUGAGAUAGAAAGUUGAGUGCC